CCUGCGCCUUGCGGCGCGACGCGGAGCACCCUACGUCACAGUGAAGUAUGUGCUCCCGAGUGUAGAAAAUGGCUGCGCUCUCCGCCACAGAUCGGCGCGGAUGUAAAUAUGGCCUGUGGUUCGGCCUGGCAGUGUUCAUCGCGAGAUAUGUCGGUGCGCUGGGCAUCGUUUGCUACUGCGAUGGACAUUGCCCGGACGGCAGGCAAAACGGGACCUGCGAGUUACGCGCCGGAGGCCAGUGUUUCAGCGCCGUGGAGGAAGUAUGGGAGCCCGAGUUGGGAGAAUACGUACCCGAAUGGUCAUUCGGUUGUUUGCCGCCCGCCGAGGGUGGCUUCAUGCAAUGCAAGGGAAACCUGGUCCCGCACCUGCAAGAGAAAAGCAUAACGUGUUGCAAUAACACAGCUCUCUGCAAUAGGGAUCAAUUUCCCGAGAUAGCUUAUAAGUCUCGUCCCACCGCGCCACCCAAUCCGAUAGCUAUUGCAUCGGGUGUACCGCUUAUUGUCUUGGCGGUGAUUCUAUCGGCGGUACUGGUGAUGAUAGCAAUAACGAUAGGCAUUGCCUAUCAUCGAUGCCGGAAGAAAGAGCGCGAGCCGUGUCUAGUACCGUCCCAAGGUACUCUCAAAGAGUUUAUAGACCAAAGUAGCGGCUCGGGCUCGGGCCUGCCACUUCUGGUGCAGCAGACUAUCGCGAAACAAUUGGCCAUGUCACAGUGCGUGGGAAAAGGUCGUUACGGUGAAGUCUGGCUCGCGAGAUGGCGAGGUGGCGAAAAGGUAGCGGUGAAGGUCUUCUUCACGCUAGAAGAGGCAUCGUGGUUCCGUGAGACCGAGAUCUACCAAACAGUGCUGAUGAGACACGACAAUAUAUUAGGCUUCAUUGCCGCUGACAUCAAAGGGACCGGCUCCUGGACUCAGAUGUUGCUGAUCACGGAUUAUCACGAGAGAGGCUCGUUGCACGAUUACUUGCAAACGGUGGUGCUGGAUCAUCAAGGCCUAUUGGCUGUCUGCUCAUCAAUCGCGUCCGGUAUCGCGCAUCUGCACACCGAGAUCUUUGGCACGCAGGGGAAACCCGCGAUAGCUCAUCGCGACAUCAAAAGCAGAAAUAUUUUGGUCAAGAGAAACGGGGAAUGUGCCAUAGCUGAUUUCGGAUUGGCUGUUCGCUACAUCAGCGAGAGCGGAGAGAUCGACAUCGCUCCAAACACCCGAGUGGGUACACGGCGUUACAUGGCACCAGAGGUGCUGGAUGAGACCCUGAAUACAUCUUCCUUCGACGCGUUCAAGAUGGCAGACAUGUAUUCCGUCGGUCUCGUAUUUUGGGAGGGGUGCAGGAGGUGCGUUACGGGCGGUAAGAAUUCGAUGGUGGAGCCUUACGCGUUACCUUAUCACGACGUCGUGUCGAACGACCCAGGCUUUGAGGAUAUGCGUCUGGUGGUGUGCGUGAAACGAUUACGCCCAGUUAUUCCGACGAGAUGGGAUAACGAUUCGAUCCUAUACACGUUAGGCAAAAUUAUGUCGGAGUGUUGGCACGCGAAUCCGCCGGUUCGCUUGACCGCCCUCCGCGUCAAGAAGACCCUGUCGAAGCUGCACGCCGACAACGGUCUCAACGGCAUCAAAAUUGUGUAGCGCUUGCCGCGAUUACGAGACACGGACUCUUCUAGUUAAACAACUUCCUACAUUUGUAAAUAUGUCCUUAGUGUACAUAGAAUUGUUGACAGACUGCAGCCUAAA